AUUAUACUGUGCACAUGCUGUGCAUUGCAAUGUACUGUGGUGUACUGGCCAGGUGCUGGAUGUGCGAUUAGGGAAGUUUUUGUGACAAUGACAAACGGUACAUAUUCUUAAGCUGAUCGUCUGUGAUACGGGCCAAUGCAAACUAAAUGACAUCACUAAUAUAGAUGGUGCUUCGGAAUCCAAAACUCCCAAGUGUUAAGUAAUGGGUUCUGUAUUGUCGAAUGCGAUUGUGAUAUACAGCAAUGUAAACAGACCGUACAAUACGCAGUGGGUUAAGAUGAUCCUGACUGAAAAUUACGGAGUAUUGAAAAGAUGAAGGAUAAAGUGUCCUGCAAAGGAACGCGAAAUGUUUAUGUGACGUUCGUUUUUACUAUGGCUUCUGAAGAGCAAAAAAAACUUGCAGAAUUUAUAAAAAAUGUACAUCAAAUGCUCCGAAUUAACGCAAGAAAGAUCGGUGCGUCUCAAGCAUGGAAAGAACACUGCCAGGAAGAAAAAAUUUUAUCACAAUAUGCAGAAGCUAUGCGUCAACUUGCGUUAGAACAUUGGGAACAUAAUGCAGAUAAAAAAGUCUACUCUCGCAUCCAGUGGAUUGCUGAACAAAGUUUAAAGUACUUUUUUAAUGGGGGACGAGAAAUUGAACGCAAUAAAGAGAUUAAAAGAAAUCAAUAUCAAGAAAAUAGUGGUACAGAAUAUAAGAAUUUUGCAGAAUGUAAAGAUAAUAUAUCAACAGGUGAAUUGAUACUAUUAGAUGUAGGAAGUUGUUACAAUCCUUUCAGAAAGUACCCCUUUUUUAGAGUAAUUCCUAUUGACUUGAAACCAGCUUCCAAUGACGUUUUUGAAGCAGACUUUCUUAAUUUGUCUGUAACCUCUGACAAGGUGACUACUGAAGAUAUUACAAAAUUGUUACCAAUAAGAUCACUUCCAGAAAACCACUUUGAUAUCGUUGUUUUCAGUUUGCUUUUGGAAUACAUGCCGUCUUGCCAGCAAAGAUUUGUGUGUUGUGAAAAAGCAUAUCAUAUCUUAAAACCUGAAGGCCUCUUGUUCAUCAUCUCUCCAGAUUCUAAACAUGCCUCUGCCAAUGCUUCUUUGAUGAGGCAGUGGAGAAUAUGUUUGGCAUAUUUGGGUUUCACUCGCGUAGUAUAUGAAAAGUUACCACAUAUUCAUUGUAUGGCUUUUCGUAAAAAUUGUCAUGUUGUUGCUUCACAACAAUGGGCUAGGCGAGCAAUGUCUCAGAAAAACGAAUAUUUUCUCAUGGAGAACAUAGAUAAUGUGCAUGAACUUUUGAAGAUCCCUCAAGAUGAUACUGAGUAUUUAAUUGCAGAAGUGGUAGAACAGCCAAUACGAUCUGAUGAAGAUAACUCUGAACUUGUUGAUAUGUUUGAGGAACUUCCACAAGAUCUUGAAUUGUUGUAACUAGUUUUAGUUUAAGGUACCGUCUACAAAGAAAUAUAUUGACACUUUUUGUUUCUCUUGAAAAUAUUGAAAUAUACUGCUCAACAUUUCCAUGUACUAUGGUACAUUUUAUGAUUUCAUUUAAACUUUUCUGGAGUAUACAUGCAUUUUUCUUGAGAUUUAGUGGCUGAAUUGCACCCAAAAAAGUAUUCCUUACAAUUUGCGUAUGUUUGAAGAUUCAUACAAUUUUUUGCAACUAUGUUUCAUGGUUUUACAAUUUGUCAUAUAAACAAAUGUAUGUUACAUACUUUUUAUUAAGAUUUUUGCAUUAGUUGUGCUAACAUUAAAAUAAGCUCAUAAAUUGAUAAAUAAAAUGAAUACAUUGAAACCUACUGGAACGGCCACCUCGAGUAAGCAGUCACCUCCAAAGAUCGAUAAAUUAAUUUUUCUAUAAGACACUUGUAAAUAUAUCUUGUUUCGAGCGGCCACUCACAUUUCGUGAAUUUACCUUUAUUAAGAGACGUCUUCUAGGGAUUUUGGACUGUAACUGAAUAGCGGUAAAGCCGUGAAUACUGUUGAUUUGGUAUUUCGUGGGACAGAACACAUUGUUAACUUUGAUAGAACAAUGACAAUUCGCAAAGAUAUUUUGUUUCAGGAAAUGUUUUUUUUCGUUAAAUAAUACUUUGUUGUUUUUGAUUUGAAAUAUUCCUUUGUAAAUAUCCUUAUGAUUAUAGUAAAUAUUCCUUCCUGAGCAUUCUCCUGAAGUUGGCUAAUCCUUGCCUCUUUCGAACUAAUAAGGACCCACGAAGCACUCUGUGUGCGAUAACCCGACCUGAAGGACAUUAGCCCUUUCUUCU